CCAGAAGCAGCACAAGGAGAAGAUUCCUCGACAAUUCUUGUGAAAAUUAAUAUUUUCAGGUUUAUUUUCCUUACGAAAUUGAGACAAAUGAAUGCUCUGAGUGUCCUAUUAAUAUAGAGAAGUAAUAUCGUUUGAAUUACGCAAAGUAUUUGUUUUCUUGAGGAACAUCUUUACACAUCUAAAAUCUGGAUGGCGAGUAGAGCCACUCGACUAUGGCGAGAGUCUGCAACUCUAAUAAUUGUCAGCCGUAACGUCGUCAAAGAAAGAAAUGGCAUCUUUGAUUACAGGGUUUUAAUGUUGCAAAGAAGUCCGAAGAGUAGAUUUAUGCCAGGCAAUUAUGUAUUUCCUGGUGGUGUUAUUGACAGUGCAGACUYUGAUGAUCAAUGGAUGGAUCUUUAUCAUAAAUCGUUUCAAGCAUUUGGUAGAGACUUCUCCAGUCUUUUGGACAUAAAAGGCCCAAGGCCACCGAUUUUUAAAAAAUCCAAAUCAAUCAUACCAAGYGAGGUUGCAUUCAGGAUUUGCGCCAUACGAGAAACCUUUGAGGAAUCAGGUGUUUUACUUCUAAAGAAGUUAUCUGGUGAUAGUUCUGAGCAGCCAUUGGCAYCAAAUGGAUGUGUUGGUGUGGAAGAAAGCCUUUCCUUUCAGGAAAUUAGUAAAUGGAGGGWGGAUGUGCAUAAAGAUGCCUCAMGAUUCAUAGAAUUAUGCAGGGAGCUUGACAGUGUACCUGAUGUGUGGUCAUUAAGCGAAUGGUCUAAUUGGCUCACACCAGCGAGUUUGAAGAUAAGAUUUGAUACAGCAUUUUUUAUGUGUUUUUGUGACCACCUACCACCAGCACAACAUGAUGAAAAGGAGACAGUCCACUCACAGUUGUAA